GUGCGAGCGCGCGGGAGAUAUAUCCUCUCACACACCCUAAUUCUUUGACAUGUUAAGCAAAAGAUGGAGCUCCCAACCCGCAGUACCCCUCCACAUUGUUCACUGCUUUCCAGUCCAUUCUCAUCUCCCAACGUUGCUGCCUUGCUCAAAAUCAAGAUUCUUUCAUGGAGCCAGGAAACUGGCUUUCCUGUCUGCAUUCGUGUUCGGAUUGCUGAUAGAACCUUCAACCUGCACAAGAAUCCGUUGACGUGCAAGAGCGGAUAUUUCAGGGAAAAGUUGGAAAAAUCAAAUGAGGUGGAGCUGCCUCCAAAUUUCCCUGGCGGAGCUGAGACCUUCGAGAUGAUUGCCCUCUUCAUCUACGGCUCCUCCACAUUGGUAGAUCCCUUCAACGUAGCAGCUCUAAGAUGUGCAGCAGAAUUUCUCCACAUGACCGAAGAAUAUGGCACCGGAAACCUCUGCCAACGUUUCGACAUCUAUCUCAACCAAGUUGUUCUGCAGAGCUGGAAUGACACCCUAAUUGUGCUCCAAAAGUGCCAAACCUUACUCCCACUGGCUGAAGAGCUUCUGAUCGUGAGCCGGUGCAUCGAGACUCUUGCCUUCAUGGCUUGCAUGGAAAUUCUUGAUCCAGAGAGGAGAAGGGAUCAGCCAGUUGUUACUUUGGAGACUUUGGCUUGUAGGCCGUGGAGCGAUGAAAUGGUGAAAAACAUCAUCAGCCAAGAUUUGUGGAUUAAAGAUCUUAUUGCGCUGCCGCUUGCAUUCUUCAAGAGGGUAAUAGGAUCGCUGAGACGGCAGGGUAUGAAAGAAAAAUACGUUAGCCCCAUCAUACUUUUCUAUGCAGACAAAUGGGUAAUUUUGAGAAACACGGCGAAUGAAGGAGCUGACGAUUCGAUGAAAAAUCUUGAAGUUAUCAUGCAAGUGGUUGUUGAUUUGCUGCCCAAUGGGGUGAACACUAGUAAAGGUAUUCCUGUCGGGUUUUACUUCUCUUUACUUUCGACAUCCGUUGAGCUUGGUUUGAGAAAUGACAGUGUGGAGAAGCUACAGAAUCAGAUUGCAUUAGUGCUGCAUUUGGCUCAGGUACAAGAUUUUCUCCUGCCAAAGGAUGAUAAGGAACUGUCCAUCAUGGAGACUAUAUUUUCGACGUAUUUUUCAUGUGUCAUGGAGUCGGAUUGUACCCCUGUGGAGAAAAAUUACGCCGUUGCAGAAUCAUGGGACAUGUAUCUAAAUGUGAUAGCUGCUGAUUCAGAGUUGUGCUGCAAAAGAUUCAUGAAUCUCAUCGAGACAGUUCCGGUUUCCAGCAGGCAAACACAUGAUCAUCUCUACAGAGCAGUGAACACCUUCUUCCAGUCGCACCCAAAUUUAUCACAAGAGGAGAAAGGGUUGGUAUGCAAAUACCUCAACUGCCAGAAACUAUCUCAAGAAGUUUGCAUCGAAGCUGUUCAGAACGAACUGAUGCCGCUAAGACUAAUAGUCCAGGCACUUUUUGUGCAGCAGUUAAACACUCAACAAGCUUUCAGAGAAUGCUCAGACUCAUUUAGAUACACCCAUUGUGGAGAAUUUUCUGGCAGCGUCUCAAGCUCUAGAUAUGCAAACUCAAGAAGCCAAAAUUUAGGUGAGAGUCCGUAUAUAAACGGAAGUGAAGGAGGCAGCAGGCCGCUCAGCUUCUUGCUGCAGAAAGAUGCAUCAAUACGAAGGCCUGAGUUGAGCUCUGAAAUAUCAAGGAAGGAUUACGAGUCCACAAGCUUCAGAAUCCAGAAUCUUGAGAAAGAACUCAUGUCCUUGAAGAUGAGCCUUCGAGUACAACAAAUCUCAAAGAAAAACGACAAGGGUUCCAAAAAGGUUGAACCAGUUUCAGAAAACCUGCAGAGCAUCAGGCCAUACGGUUUGGUUGAAAGGAGAAUGAGCAAGAAGAAAAACCCCCUUGGACAAGUGACCAGUUGCAUAGGAACAGUGAAUUUUGGUCCGCAGAGGAAGUACGCAAAUAGAUUACUCAAGGUACUUCGAAGGAUAAGCUUGUUCGGUAGAGGGAGAUCGAAGAGAAAGUCAGGUGCUUCAGCCAUGAGUCUGUGAACCUCCCUUGUGAAUGACACUAUUACAUGCUCCAUCAUUUAAGUAGUGCAGAAAACAACAUCAAAGUCAAUAAAUUUUUGCUUGAAUUAUCCAUCUGAAACUGAAUUUAUAAAUACAAUCAAUUGCUAGUAUGUACAUAUUCUGGAAUGUGGAAUGAAGGUACAAUAUAUAUGGGCCGAUAAGAUUGUUUACCGAUCAGAAUUUCUUGUUCCAGGAGUGGAACGUACUUCUUGAAAUCACCAUUGUCUAUGUAUUGCUUUACACCUGGGAAAUGGUAUGUGAAGUCCA